UCAAUAGUUUGCACCCACACAGGCACACAAAGUAUAAAGUAUUGUUUGAAGACUAGUUUUCCUGUUAAUUAUCAUACUACAACACAUUAAGGACAGAGAUCCUACAUGGUAAGUGCACAGUGACUCCUAUUGUUGAUUUAAUAAUUGAGACUCUUAUUUAUGAUGUCAGUGAUCACCUGAGGCUCUUGUCAUGAGCUGCAAAGGCUAUGAAAGCCUCUUGAGUCCACAAACUCCAACCUUAUUUUGACAAGGCCAUAAUCAAAGUGGAACGUCUCUCCUCCCAUCAGAGAAAGACCUGGCGGAGUGCAAGCUGGUCUCCUUCCCCAUUGGCAUCUACAAGGUCUUGCGGAAUGUCUCUGACCAGAUCCACCUCAUCACGCUGGCUAACAACGAGCUCAAGUCCCUCACCAGCAAGUUCAUGACCACGUUCAGUCAGCUCCGAGAGCUCCACCUGGAAGGAAACUUCCUGCAUCGCCUCCCCAACGAGGUCAGCACUCUGCAGCACCUCAAGGCCAUCGACUUGUCUCGCAACAAGUUCCGGGACUUCCCCGAGCAGCUCACCACCCUGCCGGUGCUGGAGACCAUCAGCCUGGAGGAGAACGAGAUCGUGGGGAAGCCCUCCCAGCCUCCCAACGGCAGCUGGGUCGCAAAUCCAAAUGGGAGUACCACAGAGACCGGCCUGCCUGCGAACCUCACCUUCUCCUCUUACUACCAGCACUCCUCGCCAGUGGCGGCCAUGUUCAUCGUGGCCUACGUGCUCAUCUUCCUCCUGUGCAUGGUGGGCAAUGCGCUGGUCUGCUUCACCGUGCUCAGGAACCGGCACAUGCGCACCGUCACCAACAUGUUCAUCCUCAACCUGGCCGUCAGCGACCUGCUGGUGGGCAUCUUCUGCAUGCCCACCACCCUCGUAGACAACCUCAUCACAGGGUGGCCCUUCGACAAUGCCACGUGCAAGAUGAGCGGCUUGGUGCAGGGCAUGUCCGUGUCAGCUUCCGUGUUCACGCUGGUGGCCAUCGCUGUGGAGAGGUUCCGCUGCAUCGUGCAUCCUUUUCGCGAGAAGCUGACCCUGCGGAAGGCGCUGGUCACCAUCGCGGUCAUCUGGGCGCUGGCGCUGCUCAUCAUGUGCCCGUCGGCCGUGACCCUGACCGUGACGCGCGAGGAGCACCACUUCAUGGUAGACGCCCGCAACCGCUCCUACCCGCUCUACUCGUGCUGGGAGGCCUGGCCCGAGAAGGGCAUGCGCAAAGUCUACACUGCCGUGCUCUUCUCCCACAUCUACCUGGCGCCGCUGGCGCUCAUCGUGGUCAUGUACGCGCGCAUCGCCCGCAAGCUGUGCCAGGCGGCCGGCCCGGCGCGCCCGGGCGGAGAGGCGGUGGCCGAGGGCGGGCGCGCAGCGCGGCGCAGGGCGCGCGUGGUGCACAUGCUGGUCAUGGUGGCGCUCUUCUUCACGCUGUCCUGGCUGCCGCUCUGGGCGCUGCUGCUGCUUAUCGACUACGGGCAGCUCAGCGAGCCGCAGCUGCACCUGGUCUCCGUCUACGCCUUCCCCUUCGCCCACUGGCUGGCCUUCUUCAACAGCAGCGCCAAUCCCAUCAUCUACGGCUACUUCAACGAGAACUUCCGCCGCGGCUUCCAGGCCGCCUUCCGCGCCCGCCUCUGCCCGCCGCAGUGGGGCGGCCCUAAGGAGGCCUACUCGGAAAGGCCCGGUGGGCUCCUGCGCAAGCGGGUCUUCAUGGAGGUGCAGCCCAGCGACUCCGGGCUGCCCUCUGAGUCCGGAGCCAGCAGCGGGGCCGUGAGGCCUGGCCGCCUGCCACUGCGCCAUGGGCGGGUGGCCCACCAGGACCUGCCCGGGGAGGGGCCCGGCUGCUCCCACCUGCCCCUCACCAUACCCGCCUGGGACACCUGAGGUGGCCAAGGAGGGCGGCCCCGCCUGGAAGGGUGAUCACUGCUAGCAGCCAGGUGGGGCAUUAGGAGAGAGGAUACCACGGGGCAUGGGCAGCUGCUGGUGCUGCCUUUGCUGAUGUCUCACCCUCAGAGGGAGGCGAGUCAGGGGCAGGGGAAGGAACCCGUGCUCCCUGAACCGCCCUCCCCCUGGGAGCCUCCACAGCCUCUCAGCAUUGUGGCUUCUCAGCUGCAAAUCUCCUACAGGCCUGUCUGCCUGCCACACCUAUGCUUGCAUGAUUUCUGCCAUCUCCAAAAGGGCCCACCAAGGUGGAGCCCAGUGGGAUGGAUAAAUGCUAAUGAGCCGCUCUAGACAGCCAAGCCAGCCUGUCCUGCGAUCCAUGGGUCCUUGUCCUGUGGUCCCUUAUGUUCUGUCAGUGAAGCCACCGUCCUUGACCCUGAGCCUGGGAGGACAUGGUACACCCCUCUUGCUAGCUCCGAUGUAUCUUGUUUGUUUCAAGAAGUGUGCAGGGCCAUUGUCUUUCAGGAUACCACAACUGAGCAACCUCAGAACGAGCCCUCGGGGAGCUGCUUCAGGCACAGGGACUCUGGGUCUGAGCCUAGUGGAGGGAGAAGGGGAUUCUCUCCCACAGCUGCCGCCCCAGCCCAGGCAGGGCCACAUUGCAGGUGUCCUAUACCCGGUAUCACUUCCCACCCCCGUGGAUGCCCCAAGACUGCGAGGGAGAAGUUGGCCAGCUGCAGCUGUGGCUGGGCUGGCUCCUUGGGAACUCUAACCCACCCCACCCCGCAGCCUGGGUGACUCACACACCUUACAAAGCGGUGAGACCCCUUGCUGCUUCUCCCAGCUGUCUGGAAAUGAGGCUCCUCUCCAGGAGACGGGACUGCCCUGGACCAUCCUCACACAGCCCCAAACAUCUGCAGGGCUCUGGGGCUCUGCUUGCUUCCUUAAUCCACACAUAAUGACAUAACCCUGUUUACUCUAAGUCCUGGGUGUCUUAGCAGAAGCAGAUUCCUAAGCAGUUACACAUGUGCAAACGUGGCCCUCGAUGCCGUCUGAUCUGCUUCACACAGAUGAUGAUGGAGAUGCUGUGAUUGAUUGCCUUUUCACAAAGCCACAGGGUCACGGGGGACAGGUUUUGGGUGAGAAUUCCUCUUGUGAUUGCUCCGCCCACAGCACACCCAGCCUUUCUAGGAUGGGGGGAGGGGCAAGGCAAGGAGGAGAACUGGAAGGUUUUCUGCCCAAGGGUGAACCAGAACACUCACCGAACGUGAGUCUCGGAGCCUGAGUUCUUGGGCUGGGAAAUUGGAGUCUGUUGUGUGUACUCUUGUAGUUCCUGGCUUGCGCUGUUCUGUGUGUGAUGGCUGUUCCCGUGUGCCGAGUGCCCUGCCCAGCUCUGCCGUGGCCCUGUGUCAUGCUGGGAGUCUGGAUGAGUCUCAGAUGGUGCUCUGUGGUGUCCUGUGCCACACAGGCGGCGACAGCUCCCAGCUGUUUGAAGAAUUCUGAUUCCUCACCCUAAGAACAGGCCAGCGAAAGGACUCUCUCUCACCCCACAGGUCUGGCCUGUGGCCGGAUGGGAUCUGCUGGAGACAUGGUCUGUUUUCUCCUGUCUGGCUGUGUGUCUCUCUUGUAGCCUGGCCUCCCCCCUCACAAAAUCAUAGCUCCUGAGGGAGAGGGAGGGAUGCCAAGGCACUCAACCCCACCAACCUUCCCAUUGGGGCUCCCUUUUUCCCCUUAAGAUACCAUGUGUGAUAGGUGUGACUGCCAAAAAAAUCCUACCUAGAUCACCAUUCACUGUGGUGUUAUUUUGUGUGUUUAAAUAUUUAUUUAUUUAUUUAUUUGAAAGUCAGAGAGAGAGGGAGAGAGAGACAGAGAUCUUCCAUCCACUGGUUCACUCCCCAGAUGGCCACAAUGACCAGGGUUAGGUCAGGCCAAAGCCAGGAGCCAGGAGCUUCCUCCAGGUCUCCCAUGUGGGUGGCAGAGGCAAAAGCACUUGGGCCAUCUUCCACUGCUUUUCCCAGGCCAUUCGCAGGGAGCUGGAUUGGAAGUGGAGCUGCCGGGACACGAACCAGUACCCAUUUAGGAUGCUGGCAUUGCAGGCAGCAGCUCUACCUGCUGUCUCUUCCUCUCCCUGUGUAACUCUGACUUUCGAAUAAAUAAAUAGAUCGUUAAAAAAAAAAAA